AGGACCAGGAUCUAGCUGAGGCUCUGGACUCGGGCGGCUCUGACAUGGAGAUGGAGAGAGGCAUCAUCCAGGUCCAGGAGCAUUCUGCUGAACACAGGGCCAAGAUGUGGAAGAUCGCUCUAAAUGUCUCUGGAAAAGGAGACAGCCUGUCUCCCUGGGACGGCGUCCUCGAUUUACCAGAACAGACCCUCAUUCACAACCGCAGUCAACAGCUGAUUGACCAGCUGAAAGUAUCAGAGGAAGAGAGGCGAGAUAUGGUGUCUGACGUUGAGUCAGUCAUCACGUUCUACUGCAAGUCCCGCAACAUUUCCUUCACCCCAGAACUGAGCUGGCCGCACCUGCUCAAACCCCUGCUGGGGCUUCAGCUCCCCCGCAGCGACCUCUACAACUGCUUCUACGCUGUCAUGAACAAAUACAUCCCCAGGGAAUGCGUGCCAAACGGCCGGCCCUUCCACCUGUACAGACUACUGCUGCAGUACCAUGAGCCAGAGCUCUGCUCCUUCCUGGACACCAAAAAGAUCACACCUGACUCCUACGCCAUCAACUGGAUGGGAAGUCUGUUUUCCAGCCACUGCCCUCCAGAUGUCACCCAGGCCGUGUGGGACUGCUACCUCCGGCAAGCAGACCCCUUCCUCAUCUUCUUCCUCAUGCUCAUCAUCCUCGUCAAUGCCAAAGAGGCCAUCCUUUCAGACGAUGGAGGCAGCAAAGAGGACAUCAUCAACAUGCUGGAAGCGUCUCCUUCUCACCUGGAAUCGGAGGACAUUGAAGAUUUGUUUUCUCUGGCCCAGUAUUACCAGAGCAAGACCCCUCUGUCUCUCAGAAAGAUGAACCAGAAUCUGUUUGGAAGCAGCCUGGUGGCUCUGAAAGAAGAGGACACUGACCUGAGUCAGGCACUGUGUCUCCCUGUGUCCGUCCCUGAGAUCCUGCAGGCCAACCAGCUGCAGCAGGAUGGGGUACGGUUCUUCGUGGUGGAUUGUAGGCCUGCAGAGCAGUACAACGCUGGGCACCUGUCCACGGCCUUCCACCUGGACUCCGACCUGAUGCUCCAGACCCCCUCUGAGUUUGCUCUCUCUGUGAAGUCCCUGUUAGAAGCUCAGAAGCAGUCUUUGGAGUCGGGCUCCAUCGCCAGCGGAGAGCACCUGUGCUUCAUGGGCAGCGGCAGGGAGGAGGAGGACAUGUACAUGAACAUGGUGUUGGCCCACUUCCUGCAGAAAAACAAAGAAUAUGUCAGCAUUGCUAAAGGAGGUUUCAUGGCCCUCCAAAAGCAUCUGGUAGACAUGAAUAUUGAGGGUCUCGACUCUUCGUACAUCCACUGGAUCGUCAGCACGUCUGGAUCUCACAGCAGCCUCAGCUCCGCUGAUGGAGAGUCACUAAGUAGCCCUGGAGACGGCAAAGGCGUUAAGUCUUUGGUCAACAAAAUGACAUUUGCUCUCAAGUCCAAGUCAGUGAACGUAAAAGAGAAGAUGAUCAGCUUCAUCGAGAACACCGCCACGCCCGUAGACAGGUGAGCUCCCAGUUCCUCCUCUUCAUCUCAAACACACUCUACAACCCACUCUUAUACUCUCAUUUUUAGGGGUUUAUAAUUGUUUUUUUGU